AUGGUUACCAGCAAGAACGAGAGGCACUGUUCCAAGCAUAUUCCAUACGUAACCGUUCAUUCACUACAGUUUGCACUGAUUCUAUGCUGCCAUUAUGCAUUCUUGUAUGCACCGAUUAUCUCAGCAAUACAAGCUAAUGUAUGUUUGAAUUUGCGAGGUAUGCUGCUUGCUGCUGCAAUGGCGGGACUGCAUUGGAUAGGAGUACUGCACAACACACACAGGCAGACAGCAGUCUGCCGAGAUUUCUUGGUAUCUGAUUGCUGCUGGUCACUACUAAUACCACUACUACACCCUGAUUGA